AUGGACGAAACUGGUAUUCAGACUGUUCCAGAGAAACUUCCGAAAAUUGUAUCCGACCAGGGCCAGAAUGAAGUAGCUAAAAAUGUAAGUGCCGAACAAGGCCAAACAGUCACAGUUAUCUGCUGCCUCAACGCCAACGGUGGCUACAUGCCGCCCUAUUUUAUAUUCAAAAGAAAGAGGGAAAACCCUCUUUUAAUUAAAAAUGGCCCGAUCGGCUGUAAGAUGGCGGUCACUGACAAGGGCUUGCCACGCCAUACGAGCCACAAAACUCAGCCACUCGACCGGGUGUUUUUUAAACCCCUCAAAAUCUACUACAACCAGGUCACGGAUUCGUGGCAAUCGUCCCACCCCGGGCAGCCUUCAGUGCUGCCUCAGGCUCCUACGUCCGUACUUGACCGAAGCCCGGAAGAAGAUUUCAUCCAAGAACCAAUAUUAGACUUUGGCAACGAUAACUGCGAUUCCGCUCUCGACUUCCCUGUUCCUGGACCUUCAAGGCUGCCUGAUCCUGUUCUUUCUACUAUGUCUCCUGGACCUGUCUCCACGUCACCUCUUGUGUCAGUUGUGUCUCCAGCAGAUAUACUACCUCUUCCCAAAGCAACACGACGUAAGCGGAGCGGAAGAAGUUUAAAGUCGACACUUCUAACAUCUUCUCCGCACAAGAAAGCCCUUCGGGACAAAAAAUUACGAGCUGAAAGAUUGGUCGAAGAAAAAGAAGAUCGAAAAAUUAAAAAUGCAAUGAAACGGAAAGACAAGCUCAUGAUGGCAGCAAAGCAGAAGAAGAAGCCACGACGUGGACUUCAGUUUGAUUCAGAUGACUCAUCUCAGUCUCAGUCUAUUUCAUCUGGAACUUCUGUCUACAAUGAGUCAGAAUCUGACAGUGAUCAGAACAUGGAAGAAUCGUCUGAGUGGAUGGUGCCUCCAAAGAGGUGCAUAGGCGAAUUUUGUGCCGUUCGCUAUGAAGAAAAACUGUUUCCAGGAGUUAUUACUGGCGCUUCAAAAACCCAUGCCACUGUAUCGUCAAUGGUGAAAGCUGGAAAAUUAUGGAAAUGGCCCGACCGGCCUGACAUUCUCGAUUAUGAAUGGGGAUCAGUCGUUUCUAGUAUAAAGGAGUCAAAAAAAAAAUCAGCACAACUCGAAAUGUUUAUUCAGUCAGUGAACUGGAUUGGUUUUACUCAUAACUGUCAG